CGGGUCGAUCUCUGCUUCCCAAAGACUGUCACACUAGCAAAAAAAGAAGGGGGAAGAACACCACAAUCUUCCCGAUAUAAUCAGGGAAUCCCGCAAUUCCACUCGCCUGAAGCAAACACGAAGAAAUCGCAGCCGAAUGGGACGAUCCUAAAGACGCUCACGGCCAUAUACCACCACCCUUCUCCUUCCUUACUUUUCUUCACUAGCACCUCAAACGAGAUGUCGUCGGAAGAAAGGACGUACGAAGACCACCUCCUCCAAGCUCCCGGGGAACUGUAUCAACUCUUGCUCUCCCUCGAUCAUGUAGAGACGGACGAGCUGGCCGACGCGCUCGCUGUAGAGCUGGACGACGCUAUAUCGAUGGGGUGGUUGAGGUAUCCGUUAGGUUUCCCAGGUCCGGAUCCGGCUGCUAGGCAGAAGAUCGAGCAAGACAAGACUCUCAGCCCCACCCUAAUCUCCUCGACAAUCUUCCUCUCCACCUACCUGCACAUCUCCGAACCCCUCUCCCUCUCCCUCUUAACCUCCGCCUCAUCCCAACCAUCGUUCAACCACGGAAGGUCCCCCAUAGAAACUUCCAUCAAGCUCUUCCACGACCUAAUCUCUCUCCGAUUAGAUUGCUUGAAAUGGAUACUAGGCGCGCCUACCUCCUCAAUCUUUUCUUCUUCUGGGCAAGGGUUGGAAAUGUCGGCUACCAAGACGAUACUCGAAUCCGCUUUCGAAGAGGUCUACACGCUCAAGAGGUUCGAGAUCGAAACUUCGUCCACGAUAAACGGAGGAGGUACAGGAGGAGGGGGAAAGAUCUCCGUAGAAGCUUUCCCCGAUGGGAUCUUCAAACAACUUUCACUCCUCUCCCAAUGGAUCGACGAGACGCUCCCCAACACGGGGAAACGAUUACCUGAGACGACAAAACUCCAACCCGACGUCCAAGCCCUCCGAAUUCAAGGUUGUCGGUCCCACAUGCGCGGGCUGGCUAAAUGUCUCUAUGAGGUCGGGGCGAGCGGGGGGUUGGUCGGGAAUCACCUGUUGGCGCUCGUCAAGUGGUUGAAAGUCAGGGAGGUCUUGGAUGGGACGACGGUUAUGAUGAUAAGCGCAUUCUUCGCUGCGAUUCAGCAUAACCCGGAUGAUAAGAGUCCGUAUGAAGCUUUCGGGCAUUAUCCCAAGACGGUCCAGAAUUACAUCGAAGAUCCAGCUAUUUUGGAUAUCGUGACGACGCAGAUUAUCAUCCACCAAGAAUGGAAGCAAGAGUGGAUCUCACACGUCCUCAUGCUCGGUUGGGGUCUGUUCGUGGACAAGGCGUACCGACACGAUAGGAACAAGGUCAAGCUUCCCAAGUUUCUGGACCGUGGCCCAGAGGUUCGGAUCCAAGAGGCCAUCGAGAACGACGCGUUCAAGUAUAUCCGGGUCUUGCUCGUCCCUUCCCUCGAUAUACCCCAGAGCGGAUGGAGCAAGGUCAAGAAGGACGAGAGAGAUCGAGGGGUACCUCUGGGGAUGACGGAUACCUGGCCCGAGGUCGAGGGAGAGUAUCAGAGGGACGCGCUCAGACAGAUCGAUAGUCUCGUCAAGGACAUGAUCGGGUCGUUCCAGUUGAUCAAGAAGCUCAAGAAUCGGGAGGAAGACAAGGUCAAGGCGUUGGACAUGACGCGGAACGGGGAUGAAGAUGGAGCAAAGGGAGAAGCUGACAUGGAGAUGAGGCAGGAUUUCAACGAGCUCGUCGAGUUGGUCAUCACCGUCUACAGGGAGCUUCCGCUCGAUCACGACGACAAGCUCUGGGUGGAUUCCAAGUUUAUCAACUUGGUCGGCGAUGCCGAGGGCGCUGGUAACAGGGCUCUCCUGUGCAGACUUCUUAUCGCCAUCAGCAGCGGAUCGGCCGGUUCUUACUGGUUGUACAGUCACCUGGUCAAAGAAUCUUCCGACCUGAACCUGGACGGGAUCCAUGAACACUUUGAAUACGUCGCCAAGAACAAGGUCCCGGUGGCCAGGCUGGCCAGUACCGCGGCGGCCGUCUCGAAAGGGAUGGAGGUGAACCUAUUGGCCGACCCGGAACUUGCACCCGAUGACGCUCGAUGCUUGGCCUAUUAUUGCGAGAUGCUCGCGCUCAUCGUCAAGUGGCAUCCUCGCGUAGCUGGCGAGAUGAACGCCAAUUGGAAGACCGUGAAACGUUUGUGGGACAUCGUCAGCCGGAACGUUCCCGUCGAACUCGCUGCCGCUGCCCUGGCCGCCCUGUCGGCGUUCGGUUCGCUCGAGGUCACCGGCGUGUCACCUGGUCUCGCCGAGACGUCGUUGUCAGCGCUCGACACGCUCAACGUGUUGCCCCGAAACAAGCGGGCCGAAGCGACUCGACCGGCGACCGGAUUCGCUAUGAGCACCGACGAGGCCAAUGCGGCCUGGUUGACCAGUCUGGAAGAUCACGACAUGGUCGCCGGGGUCUCGGCCAACAGGAUCGCCUUGGUCCGCCUCUUCAGCGUCUUGAUCGCCGUAUCCGAUCCCGAGGAUGGUUACUUGAAUCUGACCGAUGUCAACCAGACCACCACCGUCAGGCGGAUCCGAAGCAAGAUGACCGAAUACAUCCUGGAUGACGUGUUUGCCGCUUGCAUCUCGAUGAUUCAAGAAGGUAACUCGGCCGCCGGAUACCCCUUGCUAGAAGCCAUCUUGCAGUUCGUUGCCAAGACGAUGGCUGGUCUCGACCUCGAUGCCCUACUGGAGCCGGUGCGGGUCGCUACGCCUAUCAAUCAGACCGAGUCUGACAGGCUCGUCAACUUGCAACAGCACCCGGGAUUCCUCGCGCUACGACGGGUGAUAGGUAACGAGACCCUGCGUGAGGCUGUCUUCACCGCCGCUCGUAUCCGCGUGGCCGAAGGGUUGCCUGAAUCGGUUCCCUCGUCGUUAUUCGCCAAGAUCUCGUUCAGGGCGAUCCAGGUCUUGCGUACCGUCAUGGCUCGUCAAGCAAUGUUCUUGGAAGUCAUCGUGCCCAGCUUGAGGCGUCGGUACUCGGCUCAAGAUCUACAAUGGGCUUCGGGCAAUCUCUAUCCGGUCGAUUGGCAUCUCGCGCAUCAACCGCAGACCAUCACCCAGAUCGCUUCAUACGUCUCGGUCGACGUCUCGGACGGUCUGGCUGCAGAGACCAUCUCAUUUUUGCGAGACCUCGGACGAUCUCCUCACAUGCGAGUGCCUUUCCUGUCUGGCGGCAAGACCAUCCAGGGCAACAUCCUGGCCUACGUCUUUCGGGACGCGCCCAAUUCGAACGUCGUACUGGCCGGCUUCGUCGAUCGUCUGGAGCGGGGCCAGAACGAGGCCACAGUUGAGAUCGACAUCUUGCCAUCGCGCCUGGUCGCGGCGUAUGACAAGGACAUCGAGGCGCGAGUGCCUAAACGGACUCAACAGAACCAGAUCGUCGACUUGCUCCUCGAAAACACGCUCCCCGAACGAUCCGAGAUUACCUUUGCACACUUUUUGCUCGGGUUCUUGAAUGCCGGUGCCAACGCCCGCGGACUAGUCAAGACUUUGCUCCGGGAUGGAGUUCAGGCAGGAACCAUCAUCGCCGACGGCAAAGUCACCGAGGUCGAACAGAUGAUCCCUCGAACAUGCUUCCACGUCAUCGUCGAUCGAUUAUCGAAAGCUCUACCGGCUCUCGACGCUGGAGCGCAAGAAGAUGUCCCAAUCUCGAUCGUCGCCGAUUCGGCCGAGUUGGGAUACAAGUGCAUCAAGCUCUUGCGACAAUUGGCCGAAAGCGAUACGACGGCUCAGGUCACCGCGCGCUACCUCCGAUCUCAGGAGGACCUCGUGCAUCGGUCGCUCGUGUACCUGCCUGUCGUACCGGAAAUCUCGAGCGACGCCGAGCAGGCUCUAGUGACCUAUGGCAACGGUAGUUCGCUCGAGUGCACCGCCGCGGACAUGGUAUACCUCCUAGCCUACCAGGCUCAGGUAUUGGACCUCGCCUCGCUCGAGCUUCACAUGCUCGAACCCACUGCCAGCGAGGCCGUAAACAUCAUCCAGAGUCUGUUGCACGGCACCUCUGCCGCUUUCCAGCCGCUCCGGGGGGUGCUCGCUAUGACCGUCCUGGCUGGACUGGAUUUCCGAUGGGAAGCCAAUACGGCCGAGGCCAAUGCCGCCGGGUUCGAACGCAUCAAUUUCAAUGCCUUCCGAGGCGUGGACGCCGAGGGUGCCUCGGUGUUCGCCAUCCCUCGAGUCGAAUCAGCCAUACGAAGCGAGAUCGAGAGACUCGAACGCAAAGCACCCUCGUCAGAACGCACCGCUACUCUCGAACAGAACAAGCACGAUGUUCUCGCCUACUUGCAGCGUCAAAAUGGGGUUGCUCGAGUCGCGAAUGCUGUUAGAUUGGCUUUACAGGCGUGGGCCACGGCAGUGACAGCCGUGUUGACUAAAGAGAUGACGGAUGAAGCGUUGGUGGUCGGACCGGCCACGAUGUUCGAGUUGUCAACUGCCACAUUCACAGCACUAUUGAGCCCAACGAUGCAGAUCCCCGAAAAGGCCGAAACCCUUGCUUCGGUCUUGUUGUCCAUCUCUGGAUUGCUCGCACGACCCGCCGAUAGCGGGAAUGGCAAGCAGCGUGGAGGACCCCCUGUCGAUCGCUUGCAGACACUUCUAGGCUUUGUUUGCCAGGCCAUCGCGGACAGCGAGAUCUCGGAGUUGGCGCGGGGUCUGCUGUACGCAACCUUGACCAACUACCUCGAACUCGUUCGCCGUUAUGCCGAGGAGUCGGGAGCUGCCAAGUCGGACGUUGAAGUUUGGAUCGCCGCCGUUCUGCAACCCGUCUACUUCGACCUUGAGCGUCUGCUAGGUAUCAUCGGACGGGAUGCCUUGAACGGAAGCGCCGAUUGGCAACUCGUCAGCUAUACCCUGUUGGACGAGCUGCUGACCGUCUUUGAAGACAAGAUGGACAUCAUCGUUACGAGUCUCGGCAAAAGGGGAUUGCUGCACAACUUCCUGGCUGCAAUUCGUGUGGCGGAUGCGUCCAUCCAGGGAGUGUUCUCCGCCGAAGCAGUCGACGCCAAUCCGCUCUUCGUGCUCGAGACCCAGCUGGGCGUCUUGAGCAGGAUUGCCAGGUCCACCUUUGGAGCUGAGGCAUUAAUCGAGUCGGGCGUCUUUGAUUCGUUUGCAGCAUGUCGCUUCUUGGGAGCACGACCAACAGAAAAUGCAAAUGUCAAUCUGGAAGCGCUUAUAGUAUCUUCGGAGCGAUACCACCGCGCUUUCAUCCCGGUCAUGAAGCUGCUUGUUGCGAUAGCUGGCAAGGCGGGAGACCGCGGUUACAAGGCCGCCUCUCGUUUCGCGAGGGAUCAAUCUGAAGUGCUGCUCCCUUUCUUCCGGGAAGAUGAGCUCACUUCGUCCCUCCUGGGCUUGGAAGCACUCGAGACCAUCGUUCGUUUCCUGUUUGUUCUGGCAGACGACGAGCGCAAGCUAGUCAAGAACUCGCAAUCGGUGUUGGAGGGAUACACGGCGGUGCUGCGUUCGACGGCUGUCCGGUUCCUGGCAAGAGACGAUAUGAUUUCGCAGAUCAAGCCUACAAAUGCUGAAGAGCAGUCUCUAUCAGAGUCAAUACAACUCUUUGAGGACUGCACACGCUUCGAAGCUCGAGUUCGAGCCGUCGUGUUUGGUAUGCAGCGUUCGUUACUCGGCUACUAUGUCGACUGUACCGGGUCGGGAGACGAGCUCAAGCCGGUCAUCAUCGCCGGGGGUCAGCUUGGCUAUGACCGGCAGGCUACAAGAGGGGGUGUCUCCUUCGUCAACCUGCAUGACUUGGUCGCUACACUUAAUGACAACAUCGGUCGAUACACCAGUAUGACAUCUUUGUUUAUCAACUUGACACGACUGAUUCUGGAGGACGCUGCCGCGCUGUCGGACGCCGAGCUGGACGAGCUCGCCUUGAUGGAUGAAACCGAUUCUAGCGACACCUCGCAUGCCCGCAAGAGACGUUUGGCGCAGGCUCAACUUGUAACUCGAAGGACUGGUGCUGCCACAGAGGCGCGUGUGGCAUUACAAUCCAUCGAAGCCAUUCUUAUCUUGCUACACCGACAUAUUCGUUUCUACAACAAACUGGUAUCCGAGCAGACCUCUCCCAGUCGCAGAUACCAAGCGCCAAGCGCACAAAAGGCUGUCGAGCAGGAUAUCGUGUUGGGGUGGCACACGGACGUAACCGAGACCUUGAACGGGCUAUCAACCAAGCUGCCGGAUCUAUUGUCGAUCAAAAUGGCCGAAGAUAUCAUUCCUGAACAAGAAUCUCGGGAGGCAUACCUCAGGAUCAUGGCAGAAGCGGUUCUCAAUCUAAGGCCCGCUGGCAAUACCGACUAAGCGGCCAAUGCGACGAUGAUAGGCUGCACAUAACGACACUGUACGAAUUGACGAUUCUGGUUCCAUGUAACAUGCGCAUCGCAUACUGGUGUAUAAAGAUAAACUUCCGCAGCAAAGAGAGAUAGAUGCACAUCUGUCCAGAAAAGGAAAAGGUCUAUUUGAGAGUUCAUCAAUAUGAUCAUAGAGGG